CUCCCCCUUUCAGCGCUAGGAGGCGAGGGCUUAGAGUGCGCUUUUUGGCUAAAAUCGGUUUGUUUCAGGGUUGUUUUUUCCUCUUCAGGGGGAAAAAAAAACCCGCGGUUCUUGCCCUCGCUGUCUCAAGAGCUUUCCUCCACACUCACCUCAGCCAUGGUGAUGUUCAAGAAGGUGAAGACCUUCGUGAUGGCCUUCAGCGAGCCUGAGAAGGUCUACUGCAGCGGGGAGAAAGUGGCCGGGCGUGUGUUGGUGGAGGUGGCCGAGGUCACUCGUGUCAGCGCUGUCAAGGUGCUGGCCUGUGGGGUGGCCAAAGUCAACUGGGCCAAGGGCCCCCAGCAGUGCAAGCAGGAGAUGGAGUACCUGCGCUUCGAGGAUGUUCUCACCCUGGAGGAGCAGCCCACUGAUGGGGACGGCUCUGUAAUCCUGAGACCCGGGAACAAAUACGAGUACAAAUUCGGAUUCGAGCUUCCCCAGGGGCCUCUGGGUACCACCUUCAAGGGAAAGUAUGGCUGCGUGGAUUAUUGGGUGAAGGCCUUCCUGGAGCGCCCGUCCUUUCCCACUCAGGAGAUAAAGAAGCGCUUUGAGGUUAUGGAUCCUGUCGACGUGAACACCCCAGAAUUGCUGUCCCCGGUUGCUGCCAAGAAGGAAAAGAAGGUGUCCUGUAUGUUCAUUCCUGAUGGACGUGUGUCAGUCAGCGCUCAAAUCGACAGGAAAGGAUUUUGCGAAGGUGAUGAGAUCUGCAUCAACGCCGACUUCGAGAACACUUGCUCCCGCAUUGUGGUGCCCAAAGCGGCCAUCAUUGCCAAGCACACCUACCUGGCCAACGGGCAGACCAAGGUCUUCACCCAAAAACUCUCCUGUGUCCGAGGCAACCACAUCAUCUCGGGCACGUCCGAGUCGUGGCGGGGCAAGACCAUCCGUGUCAAGAAGCUCAAACCAUCCAUCUUGGGCUGCAACAUUCUGCGCGUGGAGUAUUUCUUGCAGAUCUACGUCAGUGUCCCAGGCUCCAAGAAGAUCAUCUUGGAGCUGCCCCUUGUCAUCGGCAGCCGCUCGGGCAUUGGUAGCCGCAGCUCCAGCAUGGCUAGUCAGACCAGCUCCGAAAUGAGCUGGGUGGAUUUGAACCUCCCUGAUGCUCCAGAAGCACCCCCGUGCUACCUGGACAUCGUUCCUGAAGACCACCGCCUGGAGAGCCCCACCACUCCGCUCCUGGAUGAUCCUGACAGCUUUGACAGUCCCAUUUUCAUGUACGCUCCGGAGUUCAAGUUCAUGCCGCCGCCCACCUACACAGAGGUGGACCCCUGCGUCACGAACAACAAUGUGCAGUGAGUGCCGAGUCAAAGGUUGUUAACUCUCCCGCUUUUUCUGGACUCGCAAUCCGCUGUGAUGGACACCUUGCAGCAGCACAGACCUCAGCUCGAAGAGCCCCGCUGCAGGAGGAGCAGCCGCUCGCACGGCAGACGCAGCUCCCGGCGAGGCUCUGCUCGGCAUGUGUGGCGGAGGUGAUGAAGUUUAUGAGUCUUUGUGUUCCCUCGUGUGCCGGCUGUACCGAGAAACCCCGGUGUGGCUCAGGGGUGCUUUGGGACCUUGCUUACAGCCAAAGUCUUCCAAAAAAACCAAACCCAAACUACCAAGGUGCUUACGUGAAAACGGGCAGGAGAAUCUCGAGGUGGAGCAGGGGAGGUGGAAAGGCCUCACACACCUCCCUCACAAACCCUUAGGAGAGGCAGAUUCCAGGCUAAAAAGACCUUAAAAAAGACAAUCGUGUCCAAAAUUGCCAUCAUGAUGCCUUCAAUCCCUUAUGCCGUCCCCGGGGAUGGAUGCGACCUGUUCGUACAUGUUGGUUCCAUGUCUGAGAAUGCACCUGUGCGUGCAAAGAUCGUAAUGAAACUCAUUUCUCUGAUGGUGGGCGGGGUUGUUGCUACUGAGCUCUAAAUGCCUUCAAUCUGUGAGCUGCCCUGCUGCUGCUUGAGUGCUCCCUCACUCUGCAUUCAGCUGUGCGCAGCAGCUCUGUCCAGCCUCUUCAGGAAAGCGCUGGUCCAGCUGGGAGAAGCUGACCUAGUGCAAGGAGCACUGCCGCAUGUUGUAGUCCAGCUCCUAGUCUGAGACACCCAGCUCUAUGUCAGAGUAGGUUUGCAUUCUGUGAUUCUGUAACGUUGAUUUUGGGUCUGUACUUUCCCAGCCCACGGAAGCUGGUGUUCCCAUGGGAUGGGAGGAAUGGGUUGACUGCACAGAUUUCUGUCGGUAACCCCUGGUCACUGCUUCCCGGUCCCGCUGGCCCCGGCAGGAGUGCAGAAGCCGACGGGGUCCCGUGGGACACAGGAGCGAGGGUUCCUCCUGUCCCAGCGGAAUUCCUUACCCCAUUCCCUCUCGGCUCUCGACACCCAAGCUGUCCCUGACCAAAAGCUUCAACAAACCCCAGCCUUGGGUGAUGGUUGGGGGGAAUGGGGGCUGAUGCCGGCAGAACUGAACCCCAUUCCAGAUGGGGGCUGGCUCUUCCCGGUGCCUUGUGUUCACCUGGAAACAGAGAAUCUUCAAUCCUGCCGGCUGCUUCUGUUAAAGAUGCUGAUGAACUCCUUUUGUACUGUUUUGUAUUGGGAUUUGGGGGGGGAGGAGGGGAAAAAGGGAAAGGUUUGUUUUGUACCGUCGAUGCUUGACAUGCCCCUGGGGGGUGUCGUCUUAAUAAAGAGAGACCUGAGAUGGUG